AUGAUCAGGGGUCCCUAUAUUCGCAGCCUGGUGAAGGGGAAAGGACACGCAGUUUGCAGAAUGUUCAAAGGCAUGUUAAUCGGCAGGAACAGGAACAGCACGGCUGUCGCGGGGGGGGAACUCCUAAUGGAGGGUCACUCACCCGAGGGUAAUGACAAAAAGGACGACCACAAUGAAGAGAGACGGGAUGAUCCCGGGGGUAAGGGCCAAAAGGCGAGUCGCGCACAUAUCCGCAGAACAAACAUCAAGGGGGUGAACUUUAAGGAGGGGCUCCAAAAUGCAAGCUUCCUCGAAUUUAAUUUCAAAACGGACAUAUAUUUAAAGCUGAACGAAAUGAAAAUUUUUACACCCACUCAAAUUCAGAGGAACGUAAUACCCUUGCUGCUACAGGGAAGGGGAGACUCCACCGAGGGACGUGGUGAAAUGGCCACGUGUGGUGAGAACGCAGAUGUGUAUACAGAAAUAAUGAGAAGUAGAAGUCGCAUUAAUGGUUACUUGAGGGAGAGUUUCAACAUGAGGGGGGAUUUUUACGACGUGGGGAAGUACCAAUCAGGUGACCGGGUGAAGCUACAUGCGAAGAAGCCCGUUGGAGAGAAUCCCCUUGGGGGGCGCCAAAAUGUUGGUAGGCAUGCCGAUCGCAGCAGCUGCCAAACAGCUGUGCCGUUACAGACCGAGGAAGGCAAUCGACGUGGGGAAAAGACAAAAUGCUUCAACGAUGUGUACGUUAUUGUGAGUCCAGAUAACACAGGUAAGACACUGAGUUAUUUCCUUCCAAUAUUAAACAAUUUUUACAUGAACAAUGAGAAAAUUAUGAAGAGCCUAUCAAAAUUUUACCACUUUUUGAAUAAAUAUAAUUACAAAAAAUUUCGAAACAAACUCUUUAGAAAGAAAGAAAAGUUAAGAUGUGCCAACAGGAGAAUGGACAAUUUCUUUUUUCACAUAGCCUAUGAAAAGCACAGAGUACGAAACAGAUACAUAUACAUCCGCAAGUACAAAAAUUACAACGUCAGCACGAGCUACGUAAAAAAUAAAAAGAAUAAUGAACUUAACUGUUUGAGGCAUAAAAAAAAUGUGUUCUUUCCCUAUGCAGUUAUUCUAACAAACACGAGAGAAGCUGCGUUUGAACUUUUUUCCUUUUUAAAAAGUUUUGACGUAAAUAUUGAGCUACUGGCGGGGGGAUAUUUGUACAAAAGAAAGUCUGUUAAAAAGUUUCACGUGGAGAUGCAAUCUCCGUUAGGUGAUGAGGGGGCUCAGGACAUGGAGUACGCGGACGAACUGUACCACUCACAUGAGGAGGAUCACCUGGUGGGGUACCCAAAUGUGCGCAGUGAGUUCAUCAAGACCAACGAUUUUUUAAAAAGGAUUAGUAAAAAUGUUAAGCAAAGCGCCAAGGCAAUAAAUUACAACAUCGACAUUCUGAUUGGUACCCCCGAUAAAAUUUUCGAAAAAGUAGACAACUGCAAAAAUAAGCAUUUGUACAAUUUUAAGUUUUUAAAGUACGUAGUCGUGGAACAAGCAGAAACUCUGUGCAAUGCAUUCAACGAGGGGAAGCUUCAGCUUGUGCUUAACCAUAUAAGGAAUUACACCAACAUGUACUAUUUUAGGGGGAGGAGGUUCUCGGCUGAGGAUCUGCACAGGGGAGACAGCCCCAGCGAUGUUCUCAAAGGUGAUCGCUCUGGUGAUCCUCAUGACGAUGUGCAGGAAGGACCAAAAAAAAGUUUCGACUUGGAAAACGAAGAAGAGCGCGAGAGUACUCGGCGGGGGAGACGCAGGAGCAGUCUAAAUCAGCAGAAAAGAACUGUCGUGGAGCAGGAAGAAGGAAAUAAUGAGGUGAGUCCAGAUAGGUGUGAAGAAGGUGAAGUGGAGCAGGAGGCCGACGACGGAAGUUACAGACAGGGUGCCUCAAAAUGGUGUGAUGGGGAAGGAAAAACCGGUGAGACAUGCGUCGGAAGCAGCAUCAAUGGGGAGAGCCCCCCCGAAGAGCUCACCCCACGCAGCACCAAGAGGAAACUCGCAGAACGCGAUCAACGUGACGAACGUGCCGAUCGCGCUGAAGUCAUCCGACUCCUAAACCGCGAAGGGGCAGAAAACGAAAAGAACACCCUGAGCUCGAACAUCCCCAUAUCUAUAUUCGUGUCGGCGACGAAAACGUUUUGCAUCAGCGAGUUUCUCGCCAACAAAGUGAGGAGCAAACAUAUCCAGGAGGUGAUACAUCUGAAGAGCCACGAUAUCAGCUCCGAAAUGAAACACAUAUUUAUUAACAGCAAAAAUAAGGAAAAGACUGCUCUCCUGUUGGAUCUUCUAAACAAUAAGGAGGCUCGAGGUAGCGCCACGAUGAAGGGAGUGAUGCACAACAGGCAGUUCCUCAGUAGACAUGUAAUUUUCUGUAACACGAGAAAAAGCGUGCAGAAUGUUUCAGACUUGCUGACCGAGCUCAAGUACAAAGUGAGUUGUAUUCACAACGAAAUGAGUUACAAGGAGAGGAGCCAAAAUUAUCGACGCUUCAAAAAAAACGAAACCAACAUUUUGGUAUGCACAAAUAUACUCAGCAGGGGAAUACAAUUUGAAAAUUGCGACAUAAUUAACUACGACAUUAGCAAUAAUAUAAAUGACUAUAUUUACAAGUCAAGCAAAGUGGCGCACACCAAUGGUAAUAUCUAUUGUGGCGGAAGAAGCAACUCGUUAACCUCCUUCUUUAGCAAAAAAAAUACAUCAUUAGUUAAUGACAUCAUUGAAAAAACGGGUGACAAGAAACAGAUCGUCUUUCAAAACUUAAACAAAAAAGUAAGCAAAAUGUUGAAGCUGCAAAAUAUGUACUACGAUAUUGUGAAGAAGAAGAAAAGGUAUCAGAAAAAGGGAGGGCGAAAAGCUUUGCACAUUUCUCCAAGGAGAAAUUGCCUAAGUAAAAAAAAUAAAAUAUUAUCCAAGAAGCUAUACUUUUAUAAUAAAAUGGAUGUAGAGCGUAAACGCUUAAUAAAGAAGGGAAUUCUCAAGGGCCAUGAGAAGAUCCCCAGAUUUCCCAACAGAAAAGCGGAGAUCUACGACAGCAAUGAGUAUAACUGUAUGCAGAGGUUGGAGGACGGCGCGCUGCAGAUUUUAGCCAAGAAACGAAAAACGAAAAAGAAUAAAAAGGAGGAUAGGGCAAAAUAUGAGGAGGACACCAUCGUUUUGGACAACAUGCCCACCUAUGAGGAUGAGGCGAAGACCAAAGAGAAGAGGCACCAAAAGAAAACAUACUUCUAG